AUGACUUCAAACUCAAGCUCUUUAUUCGGAGGAGCCGGUGGUUUCGGGUCCACAGCAAACAAAUCUUCAAACCUCUUCGGCUCGACCACCAACGCGACCAGUGCCUUUGGAACCACCUCGACCGCACCAGCACAAGGUGCUCAACCCUCGUCCUUAUUUGGUCAGAGUCAGCCUCAGCCUCAGCAACCAGCUCAGUCCUCUAUUCUUGGUCAGCCCCAGCCGCAAGCCAGCAGCGCGCAAGCCCCAGCACAAGCUUCGACUCAAGGAACCCAGCCUGCGUUCUUCAACAGCCUCCUGGAACGUGGUAAGAAGCGGCCGCUCUCUGCAACUGUGCAGAAUGGCAACUUCGAAGAGGUCCCCAGUCUGCAAUUGGGCUUGGAUGACAUUCGGAGAAAGGCUAGGGAACUAGGAACAUCUGGGACCAAGGAUUCCUUGCAGAAUGGCACCGCUACCAAGGCUCAUUAUCUGCUCGCCUCCUCCGGUAUUUCUCCGGGUCGAGCAUUGCGAGACCUCCGGUCUCUAGGCCCACAAGCUUCUAUGGCCCCGGUGCGAGAGCCUGACAGCUUCGAUCCGGACAAUCAGCGAUUUUUGAGAAACAUUCAGCAGCGUGGCCGCCAGGUGAUGAUCGACGAGAGUCUUUCUCGCGCGCAAAGAGACUUUGACACGUUUUUGGAAGAGAAAGUGGACAUGGACUGGGAAGAGCAGCGCCAUAAGAUUUUCCAACACUUUGGGCUGUCGCAGAAAGACGCAUCCGGUGCUGGUGAUUUGAAGUCGGCUGCGCGUAGUGCGUUUGGUCGAUCGGCGAGACAAUCCAAACAAGGUGGAGGCCCUCCUGGUGGAUCUCGCCGAAGUGUGUUUGGUCGUUCUGGUCUGGACAAGUCUGUUAUCGGGACCCCUGGGACUGGCCUUGCAAGCCGCAAGCUUUUCGAAGACCCUGCCGAACGAAGCGAAGGACUUGCGACUUCCUCGCCUGAUCUCCGUUUCUUGCGCGAGAAGAUGGGCCACUACGCCGAGAAGGUUCAGGAUUUGAAUCUUACUCGGCUUCGGGGCAAGGCAUAUCCUAUCCUGCACAACUUUUCGGAAGUUGAAAUGCAUGCCGGCGGUGAUGUACCUCAACAGCUAUUAGCUGCAUACCGGGCUUUGAUGACCAUUGUCAAAGAGAACCCUAGCAUCACUGACAAGACUGACCCCGGUGCGGUGAGAGAACGACAGUUCGCAGCUGACUACCUGGAGGAGUCGACCAAGUCCCGCAGCUCGGUUAACCUCAAGAACAAGAUCCUGGAAGGCUCAAGGACUUUCCUGGAAAAGUCGUUCUACAGCGAGGUAGAAAACGCUAUUGCUAAGAAUCCACGUGAAGCUCAAUUGGGCGGUAUCCCAAGUACUGUCAACAAGAUUCGGGCAUACAUUCGCCUCCGCGCCGCAAGGAAAGACUUGGCUCCCGAUGGAACAGAACUCCAGGUGAUUAAUGGUGACUAUUGCUGGAUUCUGAUCUUCUACCUGCUUCGUUGUGGAUUUGUUGAGGAAGCAGCAACCUAUGCGACGAAUGAUCCCGGUUUCCGGUCGCUGGAUGCUAAGUUCGUGACUUAUUUGACAACUUAUGUGCAAGACAGACGACUUCGGCGGGACAUGCAGCAAAAAGUCAACGGCGAGUACCAGCAACGACUGCGAAAUGCGCCGGAAAACACACUCGAUCCCUAUCGAAUGGCUUGCUACAAGAUUAUUGGCCGCUGUGACUUGUCCCGCCGUCGGCUGGAAGGUAUCAACCAGAGUGUUGAAGACUGGAUGUGGCUGCAGUUCAGUCUCGCUCGGGAAGAUGAUCGUGCGGAGGAGGUGGCGGGCGACGUGUUUGGUUUGGAGGAUAUUCAGACGGAUAUCGCUGAGAUUGGACAGAGGGUUUUCACCAAGGGCCAGGGCCAGGAUGCCCCCGGCGGCUAUGGAACUUUCUUCCUCCUUCAGAUCCUGGGAGGCAUGUUCGAGCAGGCUGUGGCUUAUCUUGGCACAUACGCUCCAGUUACUGCCGUUCAUUUUGCCAUUGCAUUGGCUUACUAUGGCUUGUUGCGUGUGUCUGACUUUUACACUUCAGGAGAAGAGAUCUUGUCGUUCACGGUGAAGCAAUACCCGCAGAUCAACUUCGGAUACCUCAUCACCCAAUACACUCGCGAAUUCCGAACUGGGUACGUUGAGGCUGCCGUUGACUAUUUCUCCCUGAUCUGCCUCAAUGCCGACCUCGGGGGCGCUCUUGGCAAGUCUCAAUCGUCUGUGUGUCAUGAAGCUCUCCGUGAAUUCAUCCUUGAGACCAGAGACUUUGCCAAAUUGCUGGGUGAUAUUCGUGACGAUGGCACCCGAAUUAAGGGUAUCAUUGAGCAACGCCUUGAUUUGAUCAACCUGGCCGAUCAGGAGGACUUCCUGAAGAACAUCACAAUUCAAGCUGCUGGCGUUGCAGACGACAAAGGCCUCAUUACCGACGCGGUCCUCUUGUAUCAUUUGGCAGAGAACUAUGAUCGUGUCAUCGAUAUCAUCAAUCGCGCUCUGUCAGACGCGAUCGCCAUUGAGUUGGGAGGAACCAUGCCCAAGUUGCAACCUCUUCGCCCACGGCUGCAAGAAGGCCAGCAAGGCCCCAUCGACCCGGGCAGCAGCCUCAGCUUGACUUCUGUUGACGACCCCGUCGAACUGGGCAAAACUAUGAUCAGCCUUUACGAUGGAAAGCCUAUGUACUAUGAACAAAUCCGUCCCAUCAACCGAGAUUCUUGUGGCCUUCUUCUCCGCAUGCUGACGGCCAAGCAUGAAGUUGAAGCCGGGCGAUGGGCGCCCGCACUCGAUUGCAUCAACGCAUUGGGCAUCCUUCCUUUGCAGGCUCAGGGUGUCAUGCAGAAGGUCCGUAGCGCAGCUCAGGCGUUCUCAUCCUUGCCGGAGAUCAUUUCUCGCAACAUUGGACAUGUCAUCAUGUGGAGCAUUGCGUGCAUUGGGAACGAACGACGCCGGCAGACGAGCGGUCCGUAUGAGACGGAGAUGCACCAAGGCUUUGCGGAUCAACUGCUGGUCAUGGCCAAGGAUCUGAUGAUCUUCUCUGGCAUGGUGAAGUACAAGCUGCCCCCCAAGGUUUACGAAGCUCUUGCGCGUGCCGGGGCAGACAUUGGCGCGUAUUAG